AUGGAGCGGCCUUCCGAGCUACAGGAGCUCGCUGAUCGAGCAUCUAGAUACAGUAUCGAUCUCACCAAUCGAAUCAGUCGCAACUCGGGAAGAGUUCUUCCCGGUGGUUCUGCCCUCGUAUACCGUGGUACUUUGAUUCCAGAUGGAACCGAAGUGGCAAUCAAAACCUUCCGUUGCACACGGUCGAGCGAGGCUGACUUGAAGCUGCGUCACGAGAACGUCGUUCGCAUGCUCGGGAUUUCUACAGAAUUUGACUCCACAGUUUCGAUAAUAUCUGAAUGGAUGCCAUUGGGGGACGCGCAUGCUUACAUCCAGGACACAACAAAUGAUCCACGGCCGCUGCUUGAAGAUAUCGCAAGCGGACUGGACUAUCUGCAUAAUCACGAGUUGGGUCCAAUAGUCCUAUGGAGACCUGAAGGGUUGUCCAGCGAUCACCAGGCGCUACUGAGUGACUUCGGUCUUGCAACCCUGAGCACAUCCACCUUCACCAUGACUGUCGACAUCAAACGUGGAGGCUCGUGUCACUGGAUGGCCCCGGAGCUUCUAGAUGAGUGCCCUGCAUCGAUGGAAAGUGAUGUGUGGUCAUAUGGAAUGACGGCUCUGGAACUGUUCACUCGAGCAGUACCUUUUCCAAAUUGUCGCAGUUCAGCAAAUGUGCUCGGCAUGUUAAUGAAGAGGAAACUACCUCCUCGACCUGCUGAGGAGUCAACACAAUUCCGCCUGACUGACACGUGGUGGGAGAUUUGCAUGUCAUGCUGGCAAAGUGAUCCUUCAUUGCGUCCCACAAUGAAGGAUAUCGCAAAGAAGGUCAAGGCUGGCAUCUCCCAAGCUAGCCCCGCCUUAACUUUACCACACAAAGCUUCCACUUCUGCGCAUCCAAUCUCAAACGAGGCAUGUCAAUAUACUAACUCGGUUACCUCCGGUGUCGCUGUGAGCUAUACCACGACAGGCCGAGCGUUAGAAAGCUCCGCCUUAAUGAAGACUGCCCCGGAAUACGCAGCUUCUACUGCUGACACCAACAAUCCCCUAUCCAGCACUGGAUUUCUCACAUGUGUUACCACUAUCCGCCAGACUCCUCCCAUAGAUGAUGACAACGAUUCCGUCAACCCGAAGGGAAACAACGUCAAAGACAAUUCUCAGCCGACAGCUACUGCGAAGAUGCCUCAACCAGCAGAAUCAUCUGUCACCGCUAAGUUCAACAUCGGAGGACAAACCCUUCCACCACCCCUUCCUGAUAGGGAGGCGCUGGGCUCCGAGGCCGCGAGAAGUGACUCUGUGAUCGGCCAGGCAUCAGAAAGCCUCGGUUUGAUGAAGACUGCACUGCAAGACCUAGCUGCUGACACCAACAUGUCUCCAUCCGUGUCUCUUACAAGUAACUCUGGCACCCUGCAGACCAAGAAGAAUGAUUCUGUCAAGCCGAAGCGAAACAACACCAAGGAAGAUACUCAGCUAACAUGUGCUGUAGAGGUAACAGGGUCCUGGCCCUUAUCCAGGAAGAUCCUUUUCUCACCAGGAUUACCCCCGCGUUUCUAG